CUUGGUUCUUUAAAUUUUAUUUUGUUGGUAAUAAAAUAAUUGGAAAACGCAAAAAGUCAAGUGAAUUAAUCAAAUAUUUGUAUAUGAACUUUAAAUCUGGUAUUUUAUAUCUACUUUGGUCCUUUUUAAAUAGGGUGAAAAGAGAGAUAAAAAAAUGUUAUUUAAUUGUUUGAAAAAAGAUUUAACUAUUCCACUAAGGACACUCCGCAGAUACCUGCAGUCUAAACCUUGUCCUACAAUUCCUAUUAAUUUGAAAGAUGAUAGACCAUGUUUCAAAAAUGUUGUAAAUUUUCCUGAUAAAAUGGCUUUUUGUGAUUCAGUUGGCAGUUAUACAUAUGGAAAUAUUUUUUUAAGUGCUAAGCAAUUGUCCCAUGAAAUUUCAGAGAAAAUGAUGGGCAAAACUAAUGAACGAAUAUUAUUCCUCUGUUCAAAUAAUGUGAACUAUAUUAUUACCUUAUGGGCUAUCUGGAUGUCUGGACAAAUAGCUGUGCCAUUGAGCCCUCUACAUCCUCAUAACUUGCUGCUUUAUUAUACAAGUGAUGCAAAACCGAAAAUGGUAAUAACAUCUCCUAAAUAUAAAGAUAUAAUAGAUAGAAUAGCAAAAAAUACUGACACACAAAUGUUAGUGUUAGGGGAUAAAAUGAAGUUGAAUUGUGCUCAAAAUUUUCCGGAGAAAGAUUGUGAUUUGGAAGGUGGCUUAUCGGAUUCCUUUUACAAAAAGAGUGAUGCAUUAAUACUGUAUACAAGUGGUACUACAGGAUAUCCCAAAGGUGUAGUAUUGAGCCAUAAAAAUUUGUGCAGUCAAGUAAAUAUGCUUGUAGAUGCUUGGAAAUUAUCAUCCAAUGAUUUAUUACUUCAUACAUUGCCAUUAAAUCAUGUUCAUGGAAUUGUAAAUGCUAUGUUAUGUCCAUUAACAGUAGGUGCAAAAAUUAUUAUGUUACCAAAAUUUGAUGCUAACAGUGUUUGGUCACACCUACUUGGAAUUAAUCCAAAAUUUAGUGACCGCAAGAUUAAUGUCCUAAUGGCCGUGCCCACAAUGUAUACCAAGCUAAUAGAAGAAUAUGAUAGAGUUUUCAGUGAGGACAGUAAAAUGAAGGACUAUAUUAGAAAUACUUUGAAUGGUCGUAUGAGACUGAUGGUUAGUGGAUCAGCACCAUUACCCAAGCGAAUAUUUGAGAAGUGGUUAGAGAUAACAGGACAUGAACUAUUAGAACGGUAUGGGAUGACAGAAAUAGGAAUGUGCCUUUCAAAUCCUUAUGACUCCAAGAGACAACCUGGAUAUGUAGGAAAACCUUUACCUGGAGUUUGUGUAAAGAUUAUUAAUAAAGAUAUCAACAAUAAUUCCCAUCUUCUUGUAAAAUGUUGUAAUAUCGAUGAUAAAAUAACUGUUCAACUUCAUAUGGAUUCAAUGGAAAAAAGAAACCUAUCAGGUCAUCUCUUGGUAAAAAGUAAUGGAGUUUUCAAAAAAUAUUUUCAAAGGCCUGAGGCUACUACAAAAGAAUUCACAGACGAUGGAUAUUUCAUCACAGGUGAUAUAGGAGAAUAUGACAUUGAAAAGGGUCUGUUUAAAAUAUUAGGAAGGGCCAAUGUUGAUAUUAUAAAAUCGGGUGGAUACAAAAUAAGUGCGUUGGACAUUGAAACCCAAUUAUUGAAUAAUGAAGAGAUCAAAGAAUGUUCGGUAGUAGGAAUUCCUGAUGAAAAAUGGGGAGAAAGGAUUGCUGCUAUUAUAGUUUUGAGUGGAAAUAAAACAAUUACACUGGAAGAUUUGAAAUCGUGGGCUUCUGAUAAGUUACCAAAGUAUAGCAUUCCUUCUAUUUUGAAAAUUGUGGACACUAUUCCAAGAAACACAAUGGGCAAGGUUAAUAAGAAAGAAUUGAUUAAAACUUUAUUCAACUGAUUUUAAUUGUAAUAUUUAAGUCUGAUUAUUUUUAAGUUACAUAUUUGAACCAAUAUGAUAAUAUAAUGUUUUAAUAUUCAUUUAUGUUUUGAAAUUACACAAAUAAAUUACAUUUUUUGUU